UUUCAAGCUCACCAUUUGACUAAUGCGAAGAGAAUUGCAAUAGAUAAGAAGCUCAUUUCUAGGCAUUAGAAGGUGGAGAGUUAGUUUUAAUAAAGUCUGUAGCAUGCCAAAACAUUUGAGUCACUUUGUUCACUUGGUUAACUUGUUCAAGAUCGAUGUUGUGUAGGAGGAAGACUGUUAAGUGUUUUGAAGAGUCACUGAGCAAUGAAGAUAACAACGCUAAGGAGAAGAUCACAGCCCCAACCAACAACGGAAAAGGAGAUAAAAAAAAUAAUGAAAUUCGUGUGGGAAUAAAGGACUGGUGGACAAAGAGCAAGUAUGCGUACUUAAACCAACCAGCUGUUGAAUCCAUGGGCGAUCCAAGCGAGGAGCAUCCACUUAUUUUCCAAUUUUUUUUAAUUAUAAACCUGCUCCUUUAUAUCCUACAUCACUUGGUGUCUUUUAGACCAUUGGGAUAGGGGAGCUUUUUCAACUUUCGAUUGAUUGCAUUACCUACCAUGCAUUGAUUUGUAUGUGUCAUUGAGAGUUCUUUUCAUUUAUUUAAGUGUGCUUGCAAAUAAGUAUGGUUAGUAUUACUUCAUUCUGUUAUGAGAAAACC